AUGAAAGGACACACCAGGACCAAAUGGCGCAUCAUUAAGCGCCUCUUUCUAUUCUUUACCACCCUCUCAGUUAUCCCGCUCACCGUCCUCUACCUAAUCACCUCCGAUCACCUGUAUCGGUUUCGCCAGUACACGUACGGUGCUAUCGCUGGCAAUGGAUCAUCACGCCAGCAACUGCUGCAGUUUCGCGCGCCGAUCCACCCACCGGACGGCAGCGUGCACCAUCUCCGGCUGGUGCAGCACCGCCUGCACGCACAUGACAGGCAGCAGCAGCUGCAGCACCACGACCACUACCAGCGGGCCAUCAAGAACAGCACAAUCAACAGCCAGUACCGGCUGGACAUGGACUACAUGAAGCGGCGCAUGGAGCACCGUGUCGAGCGGCUGCAGAAAAAGUGCACCGAGUACCGAUUAAAUGAGUCAAAGCACAACUACAAACCGAAGGCGUGGGAGUAUCUCAUCCAGCACGAGUACCACCUCGUGUGGUGCAACGUGUUUAAGGCGGCCUCCACGUCGUGGAUGUACAACUUUAAUCUCAUGGCUGGCUACUCGCCGCAGUUCCUGAGAAAGACGAAGGACGUGCCGCUGCAGCUGGCGCGCCAAAAGUACCCCAGACCAUCGGUGGAAAAGCUGCAGGAAGCCAUCAACGAAUCGAUAUCAUUCAUCAUCGUGCGGCAUCCGUUCGAAAGACUGGUCAGCGCGUACAAGGACAAGAUACAGUACGCGCUUCCUAACUCGCAUCACCACAAGCUGGGUAAUCGCAUCAUUCAAAAGUACAGGAAAACCGUCAACGGCAAGCCCGUGACGCUCCUGAAGUACCCGCUGUUUUCCGAGUUCGUCAAUUACCUGCUGGAUGAGAUCAAACACCCCCACUACGAGAUCGACAUGCACUGGGUGCCGGUGACGCACUUCUGCACGCCGUGCUUCUUCCAUUACGAUGUGAUAGCCAAAUUCGAAACGCUCGAGGAGGACCAGAACUAUCUCAUCUCGAUCGGUCACCUCGACAGCGUCAUCAAGCCGCAGUGGAAAAACGCCGGCAAGGGCGCCCACACCAACGACGUGCUGCUGAAGUUCUUCUCCGAACUGGAUGCUGCCCAGGUUCGCGGUUUGUACGACUACUAUCGGUAUGAUUUUGAGCUGUUUGGCUACAGCGCCAAGGAGUACUUUAAAGCCUAGCGUGGGACCGCGCUAGAAGCAACUUUUAACUAGCCUAGCCAAAAAAGAAAGCGCCACCUCGCCUGUUCGUUGCAUUCGUUCAAUGCGUUUUCGAUCGCGAGUGUAGGCGCCAGCGUUACUUUAUGAUGAUAGAUCACGAGACCUUCUAUUUCAAGCAUCCCCUGGGCCGGCUUCGAGCGCAGGGCAUUUAAUAGUGAG